UACAAAGUAUCCGCCGGCCCAGCCAGGUCCAGGAUCACUGCAGUCUGACUGUUUUGGACUGAAGCGACCGGCGCGAUGGCUAAUCUUCACCCUCCCGGCGUCUCUUCGCGCUGUCAUUGUGUUUGAGGCUAGAGCGGCUUGUGAAGAGCUUGACCGUGACUUUCACACUUGGCUGUUAUGCACCAUGCCGAUAGUAGACAAGUUGAAAGAAGCCCUGAAGCCUGGACGAAAAGAUUCUACUGAUGAAGGUGACCUUAACAAAUUGCUAACAGCUUCAGCAAAGAAGGUUCUUCUUGAGAAAAUCGAAUUUGAGCCUGCCAGCAAGGGCUUUUCCUGUCAACUAGAAACUCUGAAGAGUAAAUAUGUCAUUUUGAAUCCGAAAAACGAAGGUGCAGUUGGCCAGAAAAAUGGUUGUUCCACCCCAACCAAAAAACAAGUCUAUGAAACCAGCAGCAUUUCAAAUGAUGGGAUUCCAGCCCCUCAGAAAUUACUGUUUCCAAUGGAGAAGUUGUCCAUGAAAUGGGUCCGUGUGUGCAGAGUUGGUGCUGGACUCCACAACCUGGGAAAUACAUGUUUCUUGAACUCCACUAUACAGUGCUUGACUUACACACCGCCACUGGCCAAUUACCUCCUCUCAAAAGAGCACAGCAAGACAUGUCCCCAGACUGGAUUUUGUAUGAUCUGCAUCAUGCAGAACCAUUUGAUACAGGCCUUUGCCAACAGUGGAAAUGCUAUCAAACCAUUAUCAUUCAUUCGUGAACUAAAAAAAAUAGCAAGACAUUUUCGCUUCGGGAAUCAAGAGGACGCACACGAGUUUCUGAGGUACACGAUUGAUGCCAUGCAGAAGGCCUGUCUGAGUGGUUGUACCAAGUUAGACCGACAAACACAAGCUACUUCAUUGGUACAUCAAAUUUUCGGAGGAUAUCUUAGAUCUAGGGUUAAAUGUUCCGUGUGCAAGAGUGUAUCGGAUACAUACGACCCUUAUUUGGAUAUUGCACUUGAAAUAAGGCAAGCGCCUAAUAUUGUCAGAGCCCUUGAGCUCUUUGUGAAACCUGAUUUUCUCAGUGGUGAGAAUGCUUACAUGUGUGCAAAGUGUAAGAAGAAAGUUCCAGCUACCAAGCGCUUUUCCAUUCACAGAGCUUCAAAUGUGUUGACUCUUUCCCUGAAACGAUUUGCAAACUUUAGUGGUGGUAAAAUCACAAAGGAUGUUGGUUAUCCUGAAUAUUUGAAUGUACGUCCAUACAUGUCCCAAAGUAAUGGCGAACCAGUCAAUUAUGGAUUGUAUGCAGUCCUGGUGCAUUCUGGAUAUAGUUGUCAUGCUGGACACUACUACUGUUACGUCAAGGCCAGUAAUGGGCAGUGGUAUCAGAUGAAUGACUCAAUGGUUCAUUGUAGCAAUAUCAAGGUGGUACUGAAUCAACAGGCUUAUGUACUUUUCUACUUGAGAAUGCCAAACUCCAAGAGCAGCGUCGAUGAUGCAUCUAAGCAGAACAUGAUGCUGGCCCUUGCCAAAACCAGCAAUGGCACAACCAUACCCAAGAAACCCACAAUGAAUGGAUAUUUGAGUUCACCUCAGAUGACAAAGAAACCGGAGUCUGUGCAAGCCAAGUUGCAAGCUUCUGCAAGUGUUGGUGUGCCAGUCCCAAGAAACAGCACUAACCAGUCACCCAAGCUUCCAGUGAAACCAACAUAUGCACCAACCUUCAUAGAUGAGUCAUUGAAGAAGAUUAAAAAAUCUUUACCUCAGCUGCAACCAAAAUCUUCUCAGGGCCAGUCAGCAAACAGUUCAAGUAGCGGCAGAACAUCAGUAACAGAAAAUGCAAAGGUGACUCCACCAGAAAGCAAGGAAUUACCUACAUCUACCUCAUUCAAGUCGCUGUUAACUGGUGGAUCUGAGCAGAAAGGGAAAGAAGGCAUCCAUAACCAGCAGAAAGAUUUUGGCAGUCCGAAACAUGGUUUCAACGGGAGCAAUGUUGCAAAAAAUGGAUUGAAUAACCAACACUCUGAGCCCGAAGAGUCGGAUUCAGAAUCUCAAACACACAGCUCAGCUAAUGAGAGGACUGAGAGUAGUGCUGAGGAUCAGGGAGUGUCCAAAAUAAAGCCCCAGCUGCUUGCGGAAGAGCAGUCCAGCACAAUGUCACCACCUCCAGCUAAGAGGCUUGCACUGUCAGCCAAAAAGGCCAUCUACAGCUGGAAGGUGACAGAAAAUGAACCAUAUUCUCCAUCACUAUCAUCAGUCCACAAAGCAAAAUUAAUGAAAAAAGGCCACAUUUUUUCUUCUGCAAACAAAACUAGGACUUUCCCAUCUACUCCCAAAGUGCAGAUUUCCAAACACACAGGAUUUAGUUCUCCAUCUAAAAUCUCCAAGAAGUCAUGUAGUUCUAGUUUCUCUCAGUCGCAGUUGCGAUCAUUGGAAGCCAUGGAAGCAGCUUGGCAGCCUGCUCCUCUAAUAAAUGACAGCGCUACCUCAUUGGGAAAUCAUUCUUUAUCUGGUCAAGGUGUUAGUAAAAUGUGCACUUCCAGGACUGAUCUAUCAGAUAAGACACACACCUGCUGCAUUGACCGGUCUGUGGAGCCAAGGGACAGCAGUGAGAGACCUAAGAAGAAACGUAAGCAUUUGAAAAGAGUUGCAGUUUCCUUUGAUUCUGAAUCAUUCAGCCAGACAACAUGUGAUGAUGCUGCCAAGACUGAUGGUAGAGAGAAAAUUAAGAGAAAGAAAAAGCGACAUGAGAAAGCGGAGAAUGAUGGUGUAUGUGACCAGUUACAGGAGGAAUCCAUCAAGGGCAACGUAUCACCUGAAGGGUUGAUCCCAAAGAAACUGAAGAAAAAAAGGAAGAAGCAUAAAAAAUACACAGAAGUGUUUGAAGUAAACGACUCUACUGAAUCUGCUGUGGAAAAUUGCUCAGGAUGGAAUGAACCAGAAUGUGAAGAACCGGAAAGGCCUAAAGGACUGGAACCGCAAAAGAAAAAUUCGGAGAUUAAAGAGAGCCAAAAAUGCGAGAAAAAACACAGGAAACGAAAGAGAAGCAUGAGUUCAGAUGAUUGUGCAAGUUCAGACCCUCCAGUGGAUCAGACUGUCAGAAAUCAAAAUCGGCAAGUCCCAGUGUUCAUAUGGGACAGCCAGAUAACAGAAGGGUAUAAACGCUCUGAAAAGCAUUCCAGUGAGGAGAGACCUGCACCUGCUGUCACACCCAUUGCAAGCUUAGCCUGGGAUGGGAAGAAGCAAUCCAGUGUCGUUCAAGAGCUUUUAAAACAUUCAAGCAACAAGGCAUAUGGAACUGAAGUGUUGACUUGGGAUGGAGCAGUGUCGGCUGUUAGCCAAGAUGCUGAGUAUGACACAGAACAGGCAGAAGAUGCAGUUGUUGAUGAAUGGGAUGAAGAAUUUGACAGGGGGAAGGUUAAAAAAUUAAAGGGACUUAAAAGAGAGAGGAAAAGAAACUUCAAUGCUUUCCAGAAAAUGCAAAACAGAAGGAAUUUUUGGUCUACUACUCAUUCAGCGAAGUUUUCCAGGUUUUAAAAGGAACACAGAGUUCAGUUAGUUGAACAUGUCCGCAGGCAGAAGGAAUGCUAAGAACUUUUAAGCGAAGCAGACCUACGUUCAGUGUCUUUGUUAUUGGUUUGAACAAUAAGACUGAUGCUGAAGCAAUUUGUGGUGGCCAGCAACCCAUACUAAGAUGUCUGGAGGAGAGGUUCAAUGCUUGCAGUGUGAGACUAAAUCAGCCAUGAACUGAGGAUCUGCAAUCGAGUAUGGAUUACAUUUCUAGAAUUCUUUGAAACUCAUCGCGUCCAAAGCAAAAACUUGAUUCAGAAGUCCAUAGAAAUGCAGUAUGUUAGAUUGUUUCUGGUUUAUGUGACAAAAUGCAAAAUUGCAUUGCCCAUUUGUUAACUUUCUCUUGCCCUUGGAGGAAUGAAAACGGAAGUCCUAAAUUGCACGGUAGCAGCUAGUCAUGAUAUUCAGUUGCAUUACUCCAUGUUGUGUGCAUUUUGGCCAAUUGGUCAUGGAAAAAAUGUCCCAUUUUAUUAUAGAUACAUUCAGAUUCAACUGAUGAUCUUACAUAAGAAGUAACAAGCUAAAUCCCUGCAUUGUGGAAGUUCUGCACUGUUAUCUGCUUCUGUUAACUGGCUAUUUUAUAAGUGUUUCGUUGAAUAUAUAGUUUUAUAUACAGCACAAGAUUCAAGCGUUUCCAUCAUUUAUAUUGAAUUGUGUCAACGUUUACCUAACCCCAUUUAGCUAAAUGUUUCCUCUGUAGCUGCCAUUUUUCCUUUUUGUUUUGCCUUGCAUCUCUUCUGCUGAAUCGUUGAAGUAAAAAAUAUAUUUUCCCUCUUUGGAAAUGGCAUGCAAUGCAAAACAAGCAAUUAAGGAUGAUCAGUCUGCUCUCUUCAAACCCCCGCCCAGGUGUCCCAGUUCACAAUUUAGUUCCUUAUUUGAUUAGUCUGCAGUUUCACUUUAUUUAAUGUAUCAGGUAUUGAAUCUGCUUGACAGUUCGUAAAAUAAGUGCCUAUAAAAUGGAUAUCAUUUGGUUGACCUUUAGAGAACAGUAAGGAAUUAGCUGUGAUUAACAUGCAGCAUUUUGAGUUUACCAAAAUGACACUUGAAAAUGCUUAGCAUUAAUUUCCUUUUGCGCAAUAUUAAGAAAGAAAUAAUCUGUUAGGCGUUAAAACAGUGUUCUCUCUGUUUCCAGGAAACUUGUUAGAAUAAGGUUCUGAAUGUCAAGAUUAGUUGCUUAGAAAAUCAACUUUUCCAGUGCUAGAUUAUUGCUAUUGGGUGUAAUGGACACCUCCAAAUGUUUAGUUCUCAACCUGUGUAUUAGGAUAGUUUCAAUUCCAUUUAAUCAUAAUUCUACAGUGUGUAUAUUCAUUACUGAAGGUACUUGCUACGUUUCCCAGCAGAGUACUCUUAACUGAAACUACGUAGAAUUGGUACUCUGAGUAGAAACCAGACACUGGGAACAGUCAGUACACAUUAAAAUGUAACUGUAUAUGUUGAUCAAUGAUUUAGUGAGAAUGUACAGAACCUGCUGCUUUACAGGGCUUCAAUUUAGGGUUUAGCAUCCCUCUCCUUCAAAUCUUCAGCUCUUUAAACCAAGACUCAUUACCUUUCAUUAAAUAACAAUUUCCUGUAAAAUACCUGUGUUUAGGUGCUUUAGGAUAUUAGAAGAAAGAAAUUAUCAUUAUACUGAUGUGAAAUAUGUUAAUAUUUAAAAAAGUGGAGUUAGAAUUUAACAAUACUUUCCUGUGGAAAAGUGUAUUUUCUAAUGUUUAACUUAUCAAGAGUUUAUGUUUUGUUUGUAAAAAAAAAUGUAUUUUAAGAAGUUACAGAUCGAAGUGCCACCUAAGUUCAUAUCUUGUUUAAACUGUAUUGAAAGGAUUUAAAUUCUGAGCAAGUAAAGGUAAUCUGCUAGUGUUAAUAUUUGAGCAACAUAAUUGAAUUUGGUUCAAUGGAAUGUUACUUAAGUUUCCAGUAUCAACUGAAAUGACUUGUUAAAAUCAAAUUUAUGUGGUUAACUGGUUAGUUUUUUUUUGCAAAGAAGACAUUCAAGGCUACAAAGCUAUUAUUGAACUUUACUGACAUCAGGCUGAACUCAAUUACAAUUCUGAGGCAUAUCAUUUUGGGGGUAAAAGCAAUGUCUGCUAACUUGAAUGUAUUUUGCUUUCUUUGAUUCUGUAACAUAAUUUUGUAUUAAUUUGCAUAGCACUCAAUGGUAAACAUAUGCCUCCAUUGAGCUAAAAUUCCAAGAGAGACAUUUCAUGGUUAAAGCAGAUAUACAUAUUGCUUCAAAUAAAUUUCAGUUAGG